AUUACCCUAAAAAUUUGGUGGGAAGAUCAGUCACAGGCAGAAUGGCAGAUGCAGCAUUUUCCGGGGACGGAAAAUAUUAUUCUGCUCUGACUCAUGAUGGCAGGCUAAGAAUAUGGGAUACAGAAACUAAUAUCCUCAAACAAGAGUACACUCCAGAUCUACAUUUAACCGCACCACCAUUAUGUUUGCAAUGGAUAAGUGUCACACAAUCAGUGUCACCACAAAAAGGUGCACGUAGAAAAUCAUUCAGUGAUAAUGCAACACAAGCAAUAGCUUUAGGAACAACCAGUGGAAAGAUUCUAUUAUACUCUGUAACGCAAGGAAAGGUGGAAACAGUGUUAGUUGACCAGAAAAAUCAUAUACAUAAUAAAGUUAAAAGCCUUGAUUGGCAUCGAAAGUAUGGAUUAUUGAGUUGUACAGGCGACAACGGUAUCCAGGAUUGGGAUCUAGAAAACGCUACAAUUAGAAAUAGAUACAAAAUAAAUGUUGAUAAUAAGAGUAAACAAACAAGUGGUAUAAGUGCAAUUAAAAUAAUUCCACACACUGAGCAAUCAUCAGCAAAAUAUAUAGUAGCAGCAUCAUGGCAACUCGGGAUAUGGCGCCUCCAAGAAAACCAGGCUAUAUUAGUGAAGAAUUUAGGACACAAUGCUGCCCCAAGAGCAUUACUCUCCUUAGCCACAGCAGGGAAGACAUGCUGGCUAAUAGAAGGAUCACAAAACGAACGUCUUCUAUCAUUCUGGGAUGUUACGAUCACAGAAGAUCCACCAGUCAACGGUGAUGAACCAACACCAAAUAAACGUCAGAGAAAGAAAUCCAUCACCGCACAAGUUGUGCCAACCCCAACAUAUAACUUCGUACUAGAAGAUGCUCCUAAGAUUAUAGAUGUGAAUGUGGAAAGUGAAGAGGGUGGUGUAAAGUUACAAUUAGCGGCUGCAACAAGAAGCGGUGUAGUACAUUAUUAUGGACAUAUGCUGAAUGGUGCAUCAACGAAACCAAUCAAGCCUUCGGUGACGGUACAAGUGACAACUGCAGAUGCAACACCGCUGCCCCUACAGUGCUGUUGUCUGACCAACACCGGAGAUAUACUAAUAGGAUAUACUAACGCCACUAUAUGGACAUUUGAACGACUUAUACCAGACCUAAGUACAAAAACACAAGUAUUAAUACGAGGUGACACAAAAGACAAGAAGACACACAAACAGACAAACGCAGUGAACAAACUCAGUUCUGACAGCAAGAGAGAUGAAGUCACAUAUGUUGAGCCAAUGGGAGGUGUUACGAGAAAACGGACGACGCCGGGUGGACAGGUUGAAGUAUCAAUGGAAGCUAGAUUAGCAAAUCUAGCUUUAGACGUAAAAAGUAGAGGGAAAUCUGCAGUUAAUCAGAACUUAACUAAAUUACUUAUGCAAGGACUACAUUCUAAGGACAAAAAUAUAAUCCUGACAGUACUGCAGAAGGAUGAGCCGGGUGUGUCAUGGCGCACAGUGUCACACCUGCCAGCAGACUAUGUACCUCUGCUGCUGGACCAGCUCGCAGACAUGGCUACUAGGAGAACCAGCCAAUGUUCAGCAGUGUGUACAUGGCUGGGGGCGACAUUGCGCGCGCACGCAGCACUACUCCUGGCCACAGCACCACCACGACUUACCCAGCUGUUGGCCAUACUCACACACAGACGUUCCCAUCUCUGUCAGCUGUUAAAUCUGAAGGGUCGUCUGGAGUUGGCAACUUCACAGCGUUCCUUUGAAGAGGAAGAUAUAGACCAGGAACCUGUACUGCAGUAUGAUGACUCAUCUUCUGGUGAGGAGAUGGAGACUCAGUACCAGUCGGACGAUAGCGCCCCCUCCUGGGAGGAGGGCGAGGGCGGGGAGGCGGGCGGAGGGAAUUCCGAUAGCGCGGACUCAGAUUGACAUAA